UUGACGAGUCAUACAGACCAGCGCCCAGUGUCGGAGGAAAACCAUAUUGAAGUCACUGUGAACUGAAGCUCCAGUGUGCCAUUAUGAAGACACUGAACAUGGAUAUUUUACAUGUGUGGAUGUCCUGUCUCCUUAUUGGCAGUUUGUGCAUGUUGGUUUGUGCAGGAAAGAAUGCAAAUAUGCAGGUUGACGAAAGGACGAUCAGAGAAAACCCCAAUUGCCUUACACUCUCCGAGGAGUUGCAUGUGGCGUUGGAGAGUGAUGGCGUGACGUCGACCUUGACCUUGAUCAAGAACAAAAACGCUGGUGUCAACGCUCCCGUGUAUACGUCCAACAAAGGUGGCGAGACUCAGAGUCUGAAUCUUAUAGACAUUACGAAUGUCGACAUGUACCUGGAUGUAACCAAUAUGGCGUCAAUGAAGGUCACGUGUUUUGCACCACACAAUGAGAGCGUGCAAUUCAUAUUUGAGGGGACACUCGCUUUCGGUGACAAAGAAUGGGUCCUCAAACCAAACACAGGGAAUAUAUUCAGUAGUCCUGUACAGUAUGACAUGGAGCUUUACCAGCUUCCGGACUUCGGAGGCGAUUUCAAAGUGAGACCAUUGACGGGGAAGACAGAUGACACCAGCACGCCAACUCCUAACGGCGUCCCAAAGCCAACUGCUCCAACCAGAUCGAAACGAGACGUGCCUGCCUACAUCGUAGACUUGCUCGCUGUCAUUGACUACAGCAUCUACAAAGAAUAUUACGACAAGAGCGCGAUGGGAACGGAUGCACUGAAACGAGAAGAUGCUUUGGCAGAAAUAAGAAAAUAUUUCGCCCACAUAGUCAAUGGGAUCGCACUGCGGUAUGCAGACAUUGAGAUAGAUCCGCCAAUUGACGUGCGGUUAAUUGGCUAUUUCGUCGCAGAGGACGAAGUGACGGCGGUAUGGACAGAGCCGUACAAGGCAUAUGACCGCACCAACUUCCUGUACCAUGUCGACGCGGACUUGUCCUUGGACCGUCUGAAGCAAUGGCGGAUGGAAACGACGUUACCUGUUAAUGACCAUGCCAUGUUGUUCACAAGAUACUCCCUGUCUUAUCUCGACAGCGGCACAGUGAACCUUGGAGUUGUCGGAUAUGCUUUUGUCGGGUCUACGUGUACCGAUGAUAGCGUCUCGGUGAUUGAAGAGUCCACCGACCGGUUUGCUGGAACGUCGGCUACGGCAGCCCACGAACUUGGCCAUAAUUUGGGUGCGGAACAUGACGGAACGAACAACAUUUGCUGGAAAGAUGAGAAGUUCCUCAUGUGGCCAAGUUUAACGUCCGUCAAUGUCUUCCACGUGUGGGAGUUUUCUCACUGCUCUGUGGCAUAUUUCAAGCAUCAUCUUGGAAACCUGGUAGACACUGCAGCGGGUUUCAAGUGUCUCAGUGAGGCUGCGGAACCUACCGACGUGUUUGACGUCGCGGGCAAAAGACACGGCCAAGAACUUACAAUCGCUGAGCAAUGUGAACUGGGCUUGGGUGCUGGUUCAACCAUCUGUUACAGUCUUACGCCUCUGGACACACUGUGUGGAGGAUUAUACUGUGAAAUACCUGGCUAUCCGGGAUACUGUCAGCCCAUAUAUCCAGCCCUUGGGACCCAGUGUGGAAGUGGGAAGUGGUGUCAGGGAGGACAAUGUGUAGCCACCGACGAUGCGUCAAUUACAUCAGAUCGUUGUCCCCUUGGUGAGACGGCUGACGUGUACGAAACUGGACAAAAUUGUUCUUCAUAUAUCGGAGACUAUGGCACUACUUCUUGUUACUCAAUAGAAAGUCUCUGUUGCAGCACUUGUCGUGAUCUAAGUACAGGUGUUACAGGAUGCGAGUACGGCGAUCGAUACGUAUGGUGCGAAGAAAGGUUCUGUGACCCCAGUUUGAACGAGACGAUGAAUGACGGUACACUGUAUCAGGUGGUCUGCUGUCAAACGUGUGGCUUGACUGGCGACCUUUACCUUGACGAAAAUGCUGCUGUUUCUCUCAUGGACAGAGGCAUGUUGCACACCUGUACAUCAGUGUUGCUGGUGACGCUACUGUUUCAACUCAUAUUCAUGCAUUGAAAAUAUGUUUUCUGUUCAUUUUCGUUAUUGAUGAAUUGUGACAUAGCUGCGAUAAGAUACAAGGCUUUAUAUUCAGUGAGUUAAGAUUUAUAGUCACAUCGGCAGUAUUUCUGCCAUAUCAUGACUUCAACAAUUUGAACAUACAUAGUAAAAAGGGGAGACUUUCUUAAAUACCUCUCAGCAAAGGACAGUAAAAUAACUAGAGUAUCACGUACAUAUUUAAAACUAUUAUGGAACGAUACAACGACAUUACUAUACAUAACUAAACAUGAUACAAAUGAGCUGCAGAUCUCCAGCCAACAAAGAUUAGACCACCAUACAAGGGACCAUGGGGACUUACGGAUUUACACCAUCCCUUCAACCGCUGGUGAUUAUAGUCAAUAGUAGCUAUGAAUCAAAACUAACCAAUACACUACGAUUAAAAAUAGGAAUAGACCCAAAUGAACUUUGAACCUACUGUUUUUUUUAUGAAGUAGUCACUUAAAAGAAUUCUGUGACCUCAUUCGUUCAAUAGGUCUUCAAGCAAGCCAUGCCGUAAAAAGCCACUAUGCUUGUCGUAAGAGGCGACUAACGGGAUCGGGUGGUCAGGCUCGCUGACUUGGUUGAUGCAUGUCAUAGUCUCCCAGUUUUGUGGAUCGAUGCUCAUGAUGUCGGUCACCGGAUUGUCUAGUGGCCAGACUCAAUUAUUGACAGACCGCCAGGUUUUAAACGCAUGUGACAAUACCUCACUAGGCGGAGAAAGAUUGUUAUCUACAAAU